CAUACGUCAGCAACCGAUUUGUAACUACUGCCUGAGCGCGUGCACUGUGCUCGCGGUUAUUAUGACUGCUAAUUGGCUAGCAUUAAUGUAGGGCUAGCGCUGCUAGUUGACAUUAAUCUAUAGCUAAAGGUACUAAUUAACUCCUGUCAGGACCUAGGAAGCCAGUUAUUUAACUGACAAUAGAUAUUAAUUACUGAGACAUUGAAAAUUUACUGUCUUUAUUAAUUAAUUUACUUCAAGAGAAGAUAUAAUAUAUUUAGCAAGUCAGCUAGCUGACGAGUUUCUGAACAUGAAUUGGGUAGGAGGCUGGCGAAGUCGUGUUAUGAAAAACAGUGACACGAGAAAACAAAAGGAGUUUUUUGAAAAGAAAAGGAUGCAAGACAGGCAUAAUCUCAUCAGACCACCACUGGCAUCACCUAAAAAAGGCAAUGUUGGCAACAUGGAUUUGCUUACAAUGUUUAUUGUAAACCAAAUCGCAUUGAAGAAAGAACACACUGGUAUCUCUAAAAGAAGACAUUUGCCUAAAUCAAAAGGAAUUGAUAAAUCUAUGCGUGGGGAGUCUUUAGAGCUGCCCAUGAGUCCUUGUUCUCCAUCACGCUUGAUCCUGGCAGAGUGCGAAUCGCAUUACAGUGACCAAACACUGGGUGUGAAGAAGAGAAAACAUAGCUUCCUAGAUGAAUUCAAGUUCAAGACGCUGUCACCGCUGCUGGAAACCAACCUGACUGACAAAAGUACAUCAGUGUGUCAGCACCGGGUUCAGGGCAGUGUCGGUUCCUUUUCUUCAGCCUCACCAUCCUCAUCAGAGGCCUUCAACAUCCAGUCCAGGCCCACUGUACACAUCUCCCCUCCGCCACCACCAGAAUCACACUGCACAAAAAAUGCCCAGCCAGUGGGGGUGUGUGAGUAUAAUCUUUGGACAGUGCCUUAUCAAACAGAGACCUCCCAGACCAGCUAUGCGGAUGGAGUCCAGUUUAGGAGCACCUUUCAUAGCAGAGAAAGCGGUGGGCUGUCCAUACACUCUGCUGAGAACCCAUUUAAUGAUUUAGAGAUGAAUGACCAAGAAGACAAGACUCACUUUUUUGGACUCAUCAGUGGAGGUGAAGAUAUUUCUAGUAAGAGAACAACAAAGCUCCAUCUUCAAAAGGAGACACCACAUCCCCCGACACGAUCUCCUGAUUUCACUGAAUCCUACAACAAAGACCGCAGUAUUGAUUUCUUAUCUCAGCAUGUGUCUAGAUGCGUUGACUGUAGACCCUGCAGGGUUCACAGAAUUGUCUCAGAGCAUGCCUGUGAAUCACCAGUAGCCUGUUCUCAAGGAGAGGGCUAUGUCAGCUCAGACGAUGUAACAAACUCUGUUCCAUCACUCAAAUACAUUUUAUCACAGGAAAAGGGAAAAAAGCAGGAUGGUGAUUCCUACGUGCACAUGUGCCACUUUAAGGACAUUCUGACAAGCCAUCAGGGAUGUUGUCCAUCAGGGAUGAGUGCUCCAACAAGCGUUAUGUCCUUCAACCAGAAGAUGAUGUGUAACCAUGAACAUAGAGAGAGGAAGAGUAAUGCCCAUGGGAUUUCAAAAACCUUGAGAGGGCUCAAUCAAGAACUGACCUGUGAGGAGGAUCAGUUUGUUCUCUCUUGUUUGCAGACUAAGACACAAAGUGGUAUAAUGCAUAAAAAAGCAUCUCCCAGGACACAAGACAAGGCGACACAGAUUGCAGGUUUUUCCAGUCUGACUUUGCAAGAUGCCUCAGUGCAGUGUUGUCUUUUGAAAGCAGCAGAUAGGAUGAGUAUUUUCACUGAACCCACAGCUCACGUUCACCACAUUAGAAGACACAAAGCUCCCACCACUAGGAGGCAGACUCAUCACAGCAGUAAAAAUCAUGUUACUAGUCAGUUUGCUCUAUCAAAAAUCCAAGAGGUGGAGUUGAACACCUGCCGGAUGACGUCAAAAAUGGAGCCUGCAAUUACAGGACAUGAAAGUUUGAGCAGAUCUGAGAGCCAGGCAUGCAUGAAAAAACAUCCAUUACUGCACUUCUCUCACACAAAUGCCCCAGAGCUAAAGGAGCAAGCAUCAGAGAACAUGAUGUUGAGAGGCGAAAGGUGUGAAGGUCAUGAGGAGAAGAGUGUGAAUCAAAACCCCACUGAGAACUCAAGCCGCACAGAGGAACACGACAAUGCCUUCACUGCUGAAACAGGUGGAGACAGGGUAUCUGAGGGAAAGGGAAAUCUUAAAGAAAUUGCAGACAUUCUGCUCAUGCUGAAGCAGAAAAAUAAGCAUCCAUGAAGUGAGAGAAAAUGUGAGAUGACUAUUGUAUGUUGAAAGUUAGCAUCUGUCAUCAGAAACUUUAUAGUUGUACGUGUUACACUGGCUUAGUUUUGCAUGGUUGAGUUACAGUGCAGUACACUGGAAAUCAAUACUUAACACCAAAAGCUUAUUUCAAACAGUGGACAACGUUUUAUUGUUUAAAUAUUCAAAUGUGAUGAAUAUUUCUUUUCAUAGAAUAUAAAUCUAGCAAAACAUUUAGCGCAACAAUAAUCAAAUGAACACUAUACACAUAUUUAUAUUCACUAUUUUAUCGUUGAUCGUAAAAACACUGGUUUAUAAUAAUAGUAAUAAAAGUACCAAUUUUACAUAGAAAACACUCACCCACACCCACUAGAUAGAUCUGGUUAGAUCUCGCUCCUCAAAGUAACACAAUGACUUGUUGACUUUGAAGCAUUCUCCAGUGUCAAAUACAUUCUAAAACAUGUGGCACACCCUAACAUCUGGUCAAUAAAGCUCUGUCCUAAUAAACUGGCAUUUAGUAUA